GGUUGUUGCCUUUAAGCAGCUCUGUAAAGCAGGAACAAAAUGGCAUCCCAGCAGCUGUAUUUGAGGUUAAUAGGGCUGGCUGUUUUGGUGACACUAUUGGCACUUAGAGAUGUAGCCAGUGACAGCAGCUUGCACAAGAUCUUAAGGAAGAGAGAUGUGGCAGGACCUGGUACUACCCUAUCAAAGUCCGCUGUCGCCGUCCCUCCUUCCAAGGCUCAAGAUUUCCUGGCAAAGCUGAGCAGAACCAAGAGGAACAUUUGGGAUCGCAGUAGACCAGACGUACAGCAGUGGAUUAUGCAGUUUAUGUACAUGGGAUUUGAUGAGCAGAGGCUGGAGACUGACUUGUCGUACUGGAUGGACCAGGCACGCUCCAGUGACCAAGGGCGUCAGCAUCACUAUGAUGAAAAUUCCCCCAUCGGCCCGCGUGACCCCAGUUCCUACAGACACGGAGCUAAUGUCAACUACGACUACUAUUAA